AUGGGCACCACCGAGCCAGAUCCGUUCGCGAUCUUUCAUACACCACCUCCAGACGAGACGCCGGGCGAAAGGGCGGUACGAGAGGCGAAGGAGGCGGAGGCGAAGCGGGUCAGUGAUAUGAUCGACGACCAGCUCAAGGCGGAGAAGCUGGCGCUAAAGAAGGACAAGUACGUCGUGCGGGUGCUGCUGCUGGGGCAGUCGGAGAGUGGAAAGUCAACAACGCUCAAGAACUUCCGCAUGCGCUAUGCCAAAGCCGCCUGGGAGGCCGAACGCGCAUCCUGGCGGUCCGUCAUCCAGCUCAAUAUCAUCCGCUCGAUUAUCACCAUCGUCGAGGUGCUCCAAGCCGAGAUGGACGGCGACCCCAUCGAGCCCGGCACACCUACGACGCCCUUCUCGCCCUUACCCCAAAAUAUGCCCCUCUUUGCACCCCCGCGCCCUGAGUCGCCCGCCCUCGGCACGAGAACACACUCGAUGUCCAAGCAGCCACUGUCGUCACUCCUGACGGACAAACACCAGCUUCUCAAGCUCCGCCUGGGUCCGCUACGAAGAGUGGAGACAGACCUGAAGCGGAGGCUUGGGGAGGGCGCUAUUGAGGAGGCCGAUGGGGCUGCUGCGAACCUGGGUGCGCUCAACCUUCGCCUCGACCUCGACUCGAGUUCGGGGUCGGGGUUACUAAUGAAGAAGCAGAAGAGCGAAUGGGGCGUGCACCGACUGCAGGAGGCGCUGGAAAAGAGUUCCUCACCCCGUGUGGGUAGCCUGCACGGCCAUGGCAGCGAUAAUGGCAGUGGAGAGGGCGGUAGUGACGAUGCUACGGACGUCAUCGCGAGCUGUCGAGAAGAUAUGCAGGCGCUGUGGUCAGAUGAAGCGGUCAGAGUCGUGCUGAAGAAGAGGAGGUUGCGGUUGGAGGAUUCCGCGGGGUUCUUUCUCGACGAUCUCGACCGGAUAGCCCAACGUAACUACGAGCCCUCAGACGACGACGUCGUCCGCGCUCGUCUGCGUACCCUCGGUGUGCAAGAAUACCGUAUCUCAUUCGAACCCCAAAAUACCGCAAUUUUCGCAGGCGGAGUUGGUGGUAAUGCGGGCAAGGAGUGGCUGUUGUAUGAUGUGGGCGGAUCGAGGACAGUGAGACACGCGUGGUUGCCGUUCUUCGACAACGUCCAAGCUAUCAUCUUCCUUGCUCCCGUAUCCUGCUUCGACGAGCGCCUCUCCGAGGAUUCCAAGAUCAACCGACUCGAGGAUUCGUUCCUGCUUUGGAGAUCAAUCUGUGGCUCGAAGCUGCUCUCGAAAGCGUCGAUGAUCCUAUUCCUCAACAAGUGCGAUCUAUUAAAGAAGAAGCUCAGGUCGGGGAUUCCAGUCAAGAAAUACCUACCCAGCUACGGCGAGCGGCCGAACGAUGCCAGCGCCGUCGUAAAAUACCUUAGGGAAAAGUUCAGGGAGAUACUGAAGCAACAGUCGCCUGAGAUACGGCAGAGCUACUUUUAUGCUACAACCGUCAUCGAUACGAAGGCCACCGCGACGACGAUCAAGGCUGUGAAAGACAGUAUCAUUCGAGACUAUCUUAAGAACGCCGAAGUCGUCUGA